AUGAGUCAGGGACAAGGAACGAAGAGGAAGGCAGGCAGGCUGCAGCAGCCCAGCGCUGCAGUGGCAGCUUUGGAUGCUGAGAUGGAGACAGAAGUUAGAGAACUAUUCAAUAAGGUCAGAACCUAUGCCAAACCAUCCAGUGGGGAGUGGUGUAUCCCUCACCCUGUUGAUGCUCUCAGACACCCCCCACAAGAAUAUAGUCGGCUGCAGGCCCUAAAAGUGUCACUGAAUGCUGUGAAGAACCAGCUCAGUGACAAGGACCUGGCAGUCUGGCACCACCACACCAACUCCACCAACCGGGCCGGGAAGAUCACUGCUACUGUACGUUCUGCUGCAAAUGCUGAGAUCUGCACUCAGGCCUGGUGCAAGUUUUACGAGAUCCUGGGCUCCUUUAGCCUCCUUCCAGAGGAGGCGCUGCAGAGUGGCGAACUAAACACCAUCCACUUAUGUGAGGCUCCGGGGGCCUUCAUAACCGCCUUGAACCACUACAUCAAAACAAGUGAGCACACUCGCUUCUGUGACUGGAGUUGGGCUGCCAACACACUCAACCCAUACCACGAGGGGAAUGGAGGCAACAUGACCAUCGCGGACGACCGGCUCAUUGCUAACACACUGCCAUGGUGGUUCUUUGGCUCAGACAACACAGGCGACAUCAUGAGCCAAGAGCACCUGCUGGAACUUCAGACGUUUGUGGGCAACAUGCGGCGGGUCGGCCUAGUGACGGCAGACGGGAGCUUUGACUGCCAGGAGAAACCCGAUGAGCAGGAGGCACUGGUGGCCUCACUGCACUUAUGCGAGACUACAGCCGCGCUGUUGCUCCUCAGCCCUGGCAGCUCCUUUGUCCUGAAAAUGUUCACCCUGUAUGAGCACUCCUCCGUGUGCUUGCUCUAUCUGCUGAACUGUUGUUUCCGUUCAGUCAGUGUCUUCAAACCCGCCACCAGUAAGGCGGGGAACUCUGAGGUGUACAUUAUCUGCCUGCAGUAUGAAAACAAGGAAGCUGUCAGGCCUUUGCUUUCCAAGCUGAUUCGGAACUAUGGUCCGAAUAUGGCCAAACGCACAGCCCUUUUCAAAAAUUCCCAGAUUCCCCCGUCAUUUCUGGAACAGCAUGAACAGGUUAGCUCCUACUUUCACAAGUUGCAGGUGGAGACGAUUCAAGAGAAUCUGCGCAUGUUUGAAGCUAUGAGCGCGGCGCAGAGACAGCGGCUCGACCACAUCAGGGAAUUCACCGCUCAGGAAUACCUUCGGCGCCUGCAGGUGAGCUGGAUUUCACGAAGCCGAUGGCUGUCCCGUAACACGGUGAACCCCGCCUGCUGCAGCGUUUCAGCGGGGAGACCUCUGGGACAGAGGAAACAACUGGGUUCCUUCAAUGAGCGGAGGGAAAUGCAGACGCUCAACUGGAGGGAGCGCAUUGAGAAAAGUCACCAUGGUUUGUGGAUACAGCAGCACUGCGAUGAGGCCAGCGGGACAGGCUGUGUGCUGGCAGGGCCACUGACAGACUGCCACGUGGAUUCCUGGUAUGUUGUUGUGGGUGCCGCCCUCACAGUGGUCAGAAACUCCCCGUUCUGUGAAGGGGGACUGUUGAGCCACCUCAACGAAGCUCUGGUGCAGUCAACGGACAAGUCAGAGUUCGUGUGGGCUGGUGUACCUCCCUGUCGCUUCUGCUGCACACGCGGUGCCGCCUCCAUCCUGUUGGACGUUGCAAAACUCUCUAACUGCACUGUGGGUGACCGAGAGGACGGGAGCAAAGAAAAAAGAAAAUGCCUGGUCUUUGACAGGGGCGCGGCAUGGGGAGCCUGUGAGGACCAAACAGAGGAUUUACUCCUGGAGUUUUGUGUGGCGCCCUCGCUCUCCAGGGUGAGUGGCAGCACACUGCAUGACGGUGAGCGGACGUACCAGCGGGAACUGCUGGACUGCGUCCUGUUCUCCCUGCAGAACCUGAACCCUGGGGACGCCCUCCUCCUGCCCCUCCUCUCCGCCCUCACCAGGGUCACGGCGGCUCUCGUCUUCUGCCUGCACAUGUCCUUUCACACCGUCACGUUCAGGAGCCCCCCCCAUACCGACUCCAGUGGGGUGAUGCUGGUGUGUGCGGGUUUCUGCCCUGAAGCCGUGGCUCGCAUCCUCCCUGUUCUCACGGACCUCCAUGGCCAUAUGGCUCAGCUGGCAAAGGGAGAGGAGAACACAUGCGGCAGCGGGUCCCCUGUGUGUCAGAGGCAGAUUCUUCAGUUCGUUCCCAUGGAGGAACUCCUGAAAGGAGGACUUACAGACUUCCUGUGUGCGAUGAACUCCACAAUCAUUCAGCAGAAACUUCACUUGCUCAUGCAGGCUGAGCACAUGUGUGCCAGUGGAACUUGA